CUUUUUCAAGAAUAGCAAGGUUUUGGAUUCACGUUUGCUGUGUUGACUUGGUGAGAAGGCUGGGACUUUCCUCUUUAAUAGUCGCUCUUUCCUCCGGUGUUUACCUCACGUUCGCUUUCGAAAAAUCAUCCCAAAUUUCUCCAACAUCAUCAUGAAGACGACAUCUGUUUCGGGCGCCACUCUGGCAGCGGCCUCGCUAUUCUCAUCCUUUGCCGCAGCAGUUCAGCCUCUUACUGUCCAGGGCUCCAACUUUAUCACCGGGUCGAGCAAGAACCGCUUCUCCAUUGUUGGUGUUGACUACCAACCCGGCGGUUCAUCUGGAGUCAGCGACACUAGCGAUCCUCUGAGUGAUGGUGAUGCUUGCUUGAGAGAUGCGAUUCUUAUGCAACGCCUUGGUGUCAACACUAUCAGAGUUUACAACCUGAUCGCCGAUCUCAACCACGACGAGUGCGCUUCCGUCUUCAACGCUGCCGGUAUCUACAUGCUUCUCGACGUGAACAACGGAAACUACGGUUCAUACAUUGAUCGCACUGCCCCUUGGACAACCUACACUAGCGAUUAUCUUACCCACGUCUUCAGCAUCAUUGAGGCCUUUGCACCUUACCCCAACCUUCUUGGAUUCUUCUCUGGAAAUGAAAUCAUCAACGAGGAGAGCGCCCGCAUGGCUCCUGCCUACAUCCGCGCUGUCACCCGCGACAUGAAGGACUACAUCGCAAAGAACGUCGACAGAGAGAUUGGCGUUGGUUACUCGGCUGCCGAUGUUGCUUCAUCGCUCAGCGACACUUGGGAGUACCUUGGUUGUGAGCUGUCUAACUCGACAUCUUCAAAGAUUGACUUUUUCGGCCUGAAUGAUUAUGAAUGGUGUGGAGAUUCGACAUUCGAGCAGUCCGGUUACAACAAGCUUGUCGACCAGUUCGGUAACACCAGCAUCCCCGUCUUCUUCUCCGAGUACGGCUGCAACCUCGUCAAGCCCCGCACUUUCACCAACGUGCCUGUUCUGUACGGCGAGGAGAUGAGCGUCAUGUCUGGUGGUCUGGUCUACGAGUACACCCAGGGUGAGAACGACUACGGCCUUGUCAACAUCACCAGCGCCGACGAGGUCCACCUGCGUGAGGACUACAACUACCUGGCCACUCAGUACGCCAAGCUCGAUGAGAACCUCCUCACUUCCGCAAACAGCACUGCUACUGGCCGUAAGGCUCCCGCUUGCGACCCUUCGCUCAUCACCGAGAGCACCUUCUACAACAGCUGGAACCUUCCCGCUCGUCCCGAUGGUGUUGAUGACAUGAUCAACAACGGUCUGUCCAAGCCCAACCAGGGAAAGACUGUGUCCGUCACCAACACUGCCAUGCCCGCCACUGUCUACGACUACAACGGCCAACAGAUCAACGACCUCGAGCUCACUGUUCUUGAUGAGCAGGACAGCAACCGCCCUGGUCUUGCUGGAAACUACACUCCUUCUACCCCCACUGGAACCGCCUCAGCUACUGGUAGCCAGAGCAGCAGCACUGGUGGUAGCUCCAGUGCCAGCCGUACCAGCUCUGGCUCCGCUACUGCCACUGGCUCUCAGGCCGCUGCCACCAGCUCUGGUGCUGCAUCGUCCAUGGUCGUCUCCUCGGGUGCCGCAACUUUUGGUGCUUUCCUUGCUUCGCUCCUCUUCCUGUAAGCCGAGAUCAUUAAUGUAUUUCUUCGCAACGGACGAGGGGUGACGCUGGAUCUUCACCCUUUUUCCUUUUACCCCAUUUCCUCAUGUGUAUCAUAACAUUCUCAUGCCUUGUUUCAUUCCCAACUAGAAUAAAGAGGCUUGGACGGUGACCGGUCUUGAGCUACGGCAGUUUUGUUUUUCAACGUACAAUACCACUUUUGUUUUGUUUCUUGCAC